AAGAGCAAAUCCUUCCCCCUCUCUCCCUCUCUCUCAAAAAUUGUUGCUGGGUUUUUGUGUUUAUCGUUCUCCAACUUACCCACUGGCUCUGGGUCUAAGCCAAGGCGCGUAAAGAGAAAAAGUUGCAGAGUUGGCAUCCUUCCUGGUAAUCUUCUCCCUUUCCUUUUUCUCAAACAAUAUGCUGUACCAAUCUCUUAAAACUUCAUUGUCUUCCACGCGAGGCGUAUAUUUCAUCAAUAUGUUCACUUCCAAGAAUCUCUCCUUAUCCCUCCCCUCCAAAGCUAAUAUCUUUGGAUAUGUGAUAUCCCCGAUUGAACCCAUAUCAAAUUUUCGAAAUUACGUUCUCUCUGCGUGUUCAUGUUAUCUUUCCAUGCCAUUUCUAGGGACCCCAUGUUUGAAUUUGGUUAAAUUAUCGCAACCCAUGAAUGUUCUUGCUAGAUUUAAGGUCACUGCGCGUCCUUUUUGUUCAGAAAUCGUUGCAGUAGGUCAAAGUUUGGAUUUUGAUGGGGUUGGUGGUGAGGAAAGGUUAUUAGGAAGUAAUGUCGAUAAAUUAUACGGGGCGAUUAUGGAUAACUCUUACUCAUAUUGUGAUACGGAGAAAGCUCUUGAUCAAGUUGGUUUACCAUUGACUACUCCAUUGGUUGUUGGAGUACUUGAUAGGUUUCGUUUCGAGGAGAAACUAGCAUUUAGGUUUUUUAUGUGGGCAGGCCACCAAGAGAAUUAUGUUCAUGAAUCUGCGGCGUACAAUAUUAUGAUUGAUAUAUUGUCGUGCACGAGGUAUAAGGUGAAGCAGUUUCGAAUUGUUUGUGAUUUACUGGAUUAUAUGAAGAGGCAUGACAAGAAUAAGGUUCCCGUUGAGGUUCUUUUAAAGAUUUUGAAGCAAUACACGGAAAAGCAUCUCACCUAUCUGCAGAAAUUCGCCAAGAAGAAGAGGAUAAGGGUGAAGACGCAGCCGGAAAUCAAUGCCUUGAACCUGCUGUUGGAUGCUUUGUGUAAGUGCAGUCUGGUUCAGGAUGCUCAAGACAUGUUACAGAGGGUGAGGAAAAAGGUUAAGCCUGAUGCUAAUACAUACAACAUUUUGUUUUUCGGUUGGUGUAGAGUUAGGAACCCGACUAGAGGAAUGAGGCUGCUGGAAGAGAUGAUCCAAGAGGGUCAUACUCCUGAUAAUUUCACAUACACUACUGCCAUCGAUGCCUUUUGCAAGGCAGGGAUGGUUUCCGAGGCAGCUGAACUAUUUGAAUUCAUGCGAAUGAAAGGUUCUACGCUUUCUUCUCCCACUGCAAAAACUUAUGCAAUUAUGAUUGUGGCUCUUGUCCAGCAUGAUAAAAUGGAGGAGUGCUUCAAACUCCUGGGACAUAUGAUAAACAGUGGUUGUCUUCCUGAUGUUUCUACAUACAAGGAGCUACUUGAAGGGAUGUGUUUGGCUGGGAAGGUGGACGAGGCUUACAAGUUUUUGCAAGAGAUGGGAAACAAAGGUUACCCUCCUGACGUAGUUACUUAUAACUGUUUUCUCAAGGUCCUUUGUGACAAUAAAAAGAGUGAUGAAGCACUUAAGCUUUACGGAAGGAUGAUAGACGGAGGUUGUAUGCCUAGUGUGCAGACUUAUAACAUGCUGAUUUCAAUGUAUUUUGAGAUGAGUGAUCCUGAUGGAGCAUUUGAGACUUGGCAUGAGAUGGAUAAGAGGGGCUGCGCACAGGACACUGAUACUUACUGCAUGAUGAUUGAAGGGCUUUUUGAUUGCAAUAAAGUGGAAGAUGCAUGUUGCCUAUUGGAAGAUGUCAUAAACAAGGAAAUGAAAUUGCCAUAUAGCAAGUUUGACUCAUUCCUGAUGAAGCUUUCAGUGAUUGGUGAUCUUCAAUCGAUUCACAGGCUCUCGAGUCAUAUGAGAAAGUUCUAUAAUCCUUCUAUGGCAAGACGUUUUGCAUUGAACCAGAAACGGAAGAGCAUGAGUUUGAGAGAGAGCUAAUGAAGUUUGUACCUAUUUGCCUGAUAAAUUCUUUCAGACUGUCUAAUUAAAUGGAAUCAAGAAAGGAAUUGGAACAAGGAGCUUGAGCACAUUAGCAAAUUCUGAAGGUGAUGUUUCGAGAUAAAAUCUUGUUGCUGUACCAGGUCAGCCAUGCCUCGGACUGGAACUGGUGUGAAUGCAGUUCGAUACCAACAUGGAGAUUUUCCACCAAGUCCCAAAUAGUGUUUCAGGUUAAAAGACUGCAGAGUUGUCUGUCUUGCAAAAGGAGUAAGGAAGCAGGCUUAGUAGUGCUACUAGUUGAGGGUGAUGCGAAGGUGACGAAAAUUCAGACUCAAUACUGUGAUUUUGCCUUGGUUCCAGUGAUGAUUGAUACCGGUCCCAGUCCUAGAUGGAGAACUUGUGUACGGGAAGCUUCAUGAGGCACCCCUCUCAAAAGGUGGGAGCACCCGUGGGUUCAGUGAUACAAUAAUACAAGGGAUCUCUGGUCUUGUGUGUGGCCGCAUGGACAUGUGGUCCGGCUGCCAGACACGAAAUUUUCCCCAGUUGGAGGUGACUACAUGAAGAGUAGAAUUUGUAAGAAGAGGGAAGUUAAUGUUAAGGGAAACAAAAAAUGAAGAGUAGAAUUUUCCCCAGUUGGAGCUUGUUUUGCGGGCGUUUUAUCUAAUUUUAACGAAAAUGGGAAACAAAAAACACAAGUUGAAGACCUUGAAUUAUAAAACUACACCUCAUUUUUUGCGGAAAUGAAACUUUUUGUUUGUUUGGUGGGAGAUAUCUUCAAACAUUGAGAAGAUAAGUACUGCUCACUGUUCGCUUGUUGAUCGUAAAAACUUUUUUUUACCUUCUA